AAGUCAGAGAGUUUGUUGGUUUCGCCAACUGUGAGAGAUUUGAAUGUGGAAGGUGGUUUUUGCAAUAAGAGCAUUUAUGAAACAUCAUCCACGUGAUAGCGACACAUGGCCGGACUCUAAGAACCAUUGUAGCUUCACAACAAAUGAUAAACGUUAGAAUCACUCUGUUAACUUCAUCGCUCAAAUCACAAAUUGCUAGGUCUGAAUUCAGUUAAGAAGUUGAAAGAAGAGGAUCGUCAGUGUUUUGAAAUUUCUGAAAAUGGGGAAAAAACGUGUAAUGUUGCCAGCCAAGGACGUUGACUUGUCCUCAGUUAAGUACCAACGUGAAAUAGUUCAAGCUCCGCAUUUGACUGGAUUUGUGUUUAGAUUGUUUGUGAGGAUUCUAGAAGCUCCGCUGAUCGGCCCUAUCAUAAUGGAUGUUUUGAAGAAGCAAAAUAAAAUUGAAGAGAUAUUGCAGCACACCGUGAUACCUGAGGAACCCAUGUUUAAGCCUGAAUAUCCACCUCAAGAAGUGGAGCAGGGUGUUGUUGUCCUUGAAGAAGAAGGGAGUCCUGAAGAUCGAGUUAUAUCUGCCUUGAAAUGUCUUCCACAUUAUGAUGUUGCUGAAUUAUGGGAAAAUUCACAUGCAUCCUUUCGGUACUGGAAAAUACGUGACUAUGCUCAUGCUUACCGAUCUAGAAAAGUAACCCCAUCCAUGGUUGCUGAGCGCAUCAUCUCCAUUAUAGAGGAGAAUGGAAGAAAUAAACCUCCUAUACCACUCUUGAUAUCCUUUGUGGCUGCAGAAGUCCGAGAGCAGGCAGCAGCAUCUACACAGAGGUUUGAAGCAGGAAAUCCAUUAUCGAUAUUGGAUGGAAUUUUUAUGGCCAUCAAAGAUGACAUAGAUUGUUAUCCUCAUCCAUCUAAGGGUGCAUCAACAUGGAUGCAUGAGGUGCGCACUGUAAAGAAGGAUGCAGUUUGUGUUUCAAGACUGCGUAGCUGUGGUGUCAUAUUCGUAGGGAAAGCCAAUAUGCAUGAGUUUGGAAUGGGCACAACAGGAAAUAAUCCUAAUUAUGGAACUACAAGAAAUCCUCAUGCACCUGAUAGGUAUACUGGUGGAUCUUCUUCAGGUCCAGCUGCAAUUGUUGCUUCUGGAAUAUGUUCUGCUGCAUUGGGAACUGAUGGUGGAGGUUCAAUCCGUAUUCCUUCUUCCCUUUGUGGUGUGGUGGGAUUGAAGACAACAUAUGGGCGGACAAGCAUGGAAGGGUCAUUAUGUGAUUCUGGGACUGUGGAAAUUAUUGGUCCCAUUGCUUCAUCAGUGGAGGACGUCAUGCUAGUGUAUGCAGCAAUGUUGGGGGCAUCACCUGCAAAUAGAAUCAGUUUAAGACCGUCACCACCUUGUUUGCCAACUCUGUCAUCCAAUGACUAUUCAAAUGCUUUGGGAUCUUUAAGAAUAGGAAAGUACAGUCCGUGGUUUAAUGACGUGCAUUCAACUGAAAUAUCUGAUAAAUGUGAGGACGCACUUAAUCUGCUGUCAAAGGAGCAUGGUUGUGAAAUGAUAGAAAUCGUUAUACCAGAGCUUCUUGAGAUGCGAACUGCUCAUGUCGUUUCCAUUGGCUCUGAAUGCUUAUGUUCUCUGAAUCCUGAUUGUGCAGACGGGAAAGGUGCAAAAUUGGCAUAUGAUACUCGGACAAGUAUGGCACUUUUUCGGUCAUUUUCAGCAGCAGAUUAUAUUGCUGCCCAAUGUAUUAGACGAAGGCAUAUGUAUUACCACAUGGAGAUUUUCAAGAAAGUGGAUGUCAUAGUAACUCCGACCACUGGCAUGACAGCACCCAUAAUACCUCCUAGUGCUCUUAAAAGUGGUGAAACAGAUAUGCAGACUACAGCUAACCUUAUGCAGUUCGUUGUUCCUGCAAAUCUUCUGGGGUUCCCUGCUAUUUCUGUCCCGAUUGGCUACGAUAAAGAGGGACUUCCAAUAGGUUUGCAAAUAAUGGGUCGACCAUGGGCGGAAGCUACUAUUCUGCGGGUAGCCUCUGCAGUUGAGAAACUCUGCGGCGAGUCGAAGAAAAAGCCUGCGUCAUACUAUGACGUUCUGAAGGCCAGCUAAAGCUAAGAUAUUAUUGCUGCAUACGGUUUAUAAGUGGUUGGAUUUAUUAUUUGGGAAUCGGCACCCAUAUAGCAAAUGCUUUUUGCUUUCAAACUCCGGGCAUCCGAUUUUUCCAAACGAUUUAUGAUUUGAUAAAUUCAUAGGAAAUAAUUUAUGCAGAGAA